UUAACAUUUUAUUUCUUUACUGGGUUAAACAAGGAGCAGAGAAAACCUCGGCCCCAAAAUACAACAGAACUGAAAGCAUUACAGGUACAGAGACUAUUGAACACAGAGAGUAGUAGGAUAAUAUUUUAAUACAACUGAAUUAUAGCAUGGGAUUGUGUUUUUGUUGGGUUUUUUUUGUUUGUUUUUUGUCAAACCAGUUUGGAAAAUAAAUGUAAUAGGAACUAGUGCAAAAAAGUUCUAAACAUGAAGCACAGUGUAUAAAAUGGCAUAAGAAAACUGUCCCCUCGAGGACACAGUCACUUUCUUAUGACAGAAGGGAGAAAGAGAAACAGAAGGGGGGUGGGAACAGAGGGAGGGUCCAGGAGGCGGAGGAGGAAAAGCUGGAAAGAAAGAGAAACCGGGCCGGGGGAUUAGAAAGGAUACUUUGACUUCAGCAAUGUUGGUUUGUGUUUCACCACCACGCACUGUUCAAGGACCUCGGUGGGGUCGGGCUCUGUCACAUCCACACGGCACAAGCACUUGAGAAGGGUUCGGGCAGCAGCAGCCUGGGCACUGCAGGGGUCGGGUCCCCCCGAGGUCCCCACAGGUCCCCAAAGCCCUGGGACACCAGCACAAGGCAGGGAGCCCCAGCUCGGACACGAGGGGUUGGGUCUCCUCCUGAACACAGCGUUGGCUCCCUCAAGGACCAGCACAUGGAAUUUGCUCCAAUUUCCACCCCCGUGCUCAGACGUUUCCCUUUUGAAGGCAUCCUGAGGCUGUGUCCAAACAGGAGGCUCAGAGGAGCUGCAUUCAGUUUGGGCUGGAAGAAAAAACCAACUCAAACCUCCAUCAGAGCGCUGGCUGGGGAUCCCCAGGAAUUCCUCCCAGGCAUCAGCAUCUCUGAUUCCCACGGGGAAGGUGUCCCUGCAUUCCCAAGGUGUUACAGGAUUCACUCCAGCCUGUUCCCACCACGGAGCCACCCAGCCUCCUGCCCUGGAGAAACUGGCUGGAUGCUAUUUUAAGGAGAGCUGGUUGGAAUUCCUUACAAAUUGCUAUUCUCUCCCAAUCCACUGCUGCCCGUUCCAACUGUGCGAGCAGAAAAAGUGUGAUUGGUAUUUUAUUUUAUUUUAUCUUUUUUUGCAUUGAGAGGAAUGUUACAUUUGUCUUUACAAAUAAAUUGUAAAUCUGUUGGUAGAUAAAGUUAGCACCUAGAGAUAAAAGAAACAAUGGGAGGGAUUACACUGAUUGGUGAGUGGAAAAAGAGAUUUGCCUUUACAAACUGCAGGUUUGCUGGUAAAUGUAAUUGGGUAACAGAAGAUGAAAGAAGCAACAUGGGGGGAAACUAUGAAUUCUACAAGAAUUAAAACUUAAAAGGGAGGGCUGUCCAUUAGAGGAGAAUGUCAGGUGUCAGGCGUUCCGGGAAGUCUGUGCCUCUCGAGUACCUCAGCCAAUGGGGAAAGGGAGAGGGAAAAGCGGCCGGGAAAUCGGGAUAAAAAGGGAGGCUGCGUCCUCCAAAAAUUGGAGAGAUCCCAGGGGAAUGCCCCAUGGCCUCUCCCUUUAUUCGAAUAAAGCAAAAAGGACUCCUCUGUCUCCUUUUUGGACAUAAACCUCUGUUGUUUGUGGAUUAAUUUUCCUUACAAUUUGGGGGCUCUAUCUGGGAUAUUUCCACCGUCGGGGGCAGCAGGCAGCGGUGGAGCUGAAGGCGCCUCACCCAGUUCGGUGAUCAGCUCCCCUGGGUGCCGGCUGGCCCCGGGCGAUCGAUUGGGUUCCCGAGACUGUCCAGGAGACAGACGAGUGGCGGACCAGGGGUCUGUGAAGAGUCCGCAGGGAAGGACCAGUGAAAAUCUCACCGGUGAGUAAAAUGGGAUCCUCGGGGAGCAAACCUGGGAGGGCGCCCAUGGAGGGCAGCACAGGUGAAACAGGACACCCAUGGAGGGUUGGAAGGGUGAAGGCGGGAAAGGGUCCCCGGAGAGUCCCUUGGGGAAAGUGCUGGGGUCUUGGGACAGAUUGUGUAUUCACUCAGAGGUAACUAUGAAAAUUAUGGUAAAAUAUUGUUAUUUUGUGUGGCCAGAGUAUAAGUUGUCAAAGGGGCUUAUUAAGGCCAUGUUAUAUAGAUGCCCUGGGGGGGCAAUAAGGGAAAUCGAGAAGGGGACUCGAUAGUCCAUGGCCUGAGGGGCAAAAACGGGAGUCGAGAGAGGGUCUCGACAGCGGCGGGUGGAUGGAGAGUGUUUGUGCGUUAGAACAGGAUUGAAGAUGAGUGUGUGAUAGAUAUGGGUGAGGCAAUGAGCGGCAGGGCCGGGCACGGAGCUGCGGGACCGAGAACACGGGCUGGGGGCUGUGGGGCAGCCGGGGCUCUGUGCCGGGCUGUGCCUGACCCCGCCACCCCCGGGGAGGGCCGGCAGUGUCCGCUGGCCCCCGUGAUGCUGCCGGCUGUGCUCGCUGGGAGCACCGGUGGGGGAGAAGUGUUUGGACUGCGACAGGACAGGCACAGGCUCUGGUAUACGGUGUGUGAUAAAGAAAAGGAGAACAAAAAUAAAGGAAUAUUUGGGAAAUGCGGAUUAUACAUGGAAGGAUUGGGAUUUUCUUUUGAGAGUUUUGUUUGGGUCAUCGGAGAGACGAAUGGUUUUGUGGGGGGCUGUACCCAAUGCACCUACGGUGGAUGGUGCCGACCCCCAGUGGGACCCAAAUAACCAGGCUAGUCUGGCUCGCCUCCGUGAUUACCGUGCUUAUCUAAUCAGGGCAAUCAAGUCAGCUGCUCCCAAAACUAACAACGUAGCUAAGGCUAUGUCGUUAGAACAGGAGAAACAGGAAAGUCCCUCUCAUUGGUUGGAGAGGAUUAGGGAUGCCUUGAGGAAACAUGGGGGGAUGGAUCCUGAGGGGCCAGCCUUUGACACAUUGCUGAAAGUGCAAUUUGUUACUAAGGCUUGGCCUAAUAUAAGAAAAGGAGUACAAAAAGAUGAAAAGUGGCAAAAUAAGCCUCUGGAAGAAUUGGUUAGAAAAGCACAGCAGAUAUAUGUGAGAAGGGAUGAGGAAAAGGCAAAGGCUAAGGCAAAGAUAAUGGCAGAGUUUUUGCAGCCCCGGAGGAAUAAACCGCAGGGUCCAAGGGGUCCCCCGGGACAGAGGGGACGGGGUCGGCCACAGGGAAGUGGCAGAGGCAUCCCCUCUUCGGCAGGGGAAAGCCAACCCAAACCGCGGCUGGGAAGGAACCAGUGUGCUAUCUGCAGGACAGAAGGGCAUUGGAAAAAUGAGUGUCCGCAGAAACAGCUGGACCCUCAGGAGGAGGAAGUCCAGAGGAUAAUGGAAAUGGAUUGUUAGGGGUGUCAGGCGCUCCUGUUAUAUCAAGGACCCACCAUUCAGGAGCCCUUGAUAACUUUCAAGGUGAGUCCGAAUAAAGAGGAGGUGUGGGUUUUUUUUGGUAGACGCAGGGGCCUCUCGAUCCACCUUAAAUUUUAUACCCAGGGGGAGAAAAUUGUCAAAAAAGAUCUGUCGUUAUUCAAGAAGUGAGCGGAAAGGAUGAGCGAGUGUAUUUUAUUCAACCACUGUUAAUCGAUGUGGGGGACAGGUUUGAACUGCAUGAAUUCCUGUUCUUAAUUGUGAUUGUAAUUUACUGGGAAGAGAUCAGAUGGCUAGAAUGGGAAUGCAAAUUAGUAGUGUAAGAAGUGACACGGAGUCCAAAACUGUAGUAUUUUUGUGUAAAAUAUCUGAGAAAGCUUAUACUGAAAUAAAUCCGGAAGUGUGGGCAGCCCCAGGGAAAUAUGGAAAACUAGAUAUAGAACCUCUCCAAAUUACUUUAAAACAACCGGGACAAGUGGUGUCUAAAAAGCAAUAUCCUAUUUCAAGGGAGGGAAAGAAGGGGUUACAGCCUGUUAUUGAGUCCCUGCUAAAAGCAGGUCUUUUGGAGCCAUGUAUGUCUCCUUAUAAUACCCCUAUCCUGCCGGUUAAGAAACCAGAUGGAACAUAUAAAAUGGUGCAAAAUUUAAGAAUAAUAACUGAAAUUGUCAAACCCAGGCAUCCCACAGUUCCGGAUCCAUAUACAAUCCUAAAUCAGAUCCCUUCUUCACAUCGGUAUUAUUCUGUACUGGAUUUGAAGGAUGCUUUCUGGAGGUGUCCGAUUACAGAAGAUAGUAAACAGUAUUUUGCCUUUAAAUGGGAACAGGAGGAAGGAGGGAAGAUGAUAAAACAACAGUUGAUAUGGACAGUCCUUCCCCAGGGAAAUACAGAGUCACCGGUUUUGUUUGGACAAGCUUUGCAGAAAAUGUUAAGAGAGUUUACUCCACCCUCAGGAGUUAAGCUGUUGCAAUAUGUAGAUAAUUUGCUGUUAUCGGGAGAGCAAGAAAAGGUGGUUAAAGAGGCUACUGUAAAACUGCUUAAUUUCCUUAAAAAAAAAAAAAAAAAUAAAAAGGCUUAGGUGCCCAGAAAGAAAGCUCAGUUAGCAGAAAAAAGGUCAAAUAUUUGGGACACAUUCUGACUGAGGGGUUACGGUGUAUUGAUCCAGAAAGAAUAAAAGGGAUUUUGCAAAUGCCAUUUCCCCAAACUGAAAAGGAGCUACGGCAAUUUUUAGGGUUGGUGGGGUACUGUAGAGCCUGGAUCAGUAUUUUUCUGUUGUAGCUAGACCUUUAUAUAACUUCUUAACCCAAAACAAUCCUAAUGUCGUGGUAUGGACACCGGAAGCAGAGCAAAGCUUCAGAAAAUUAAAAGACAAAUUAGUUAAUGCCCCAGUCUUAGCUCUUCCAGAUGCAGAAAAAGAAUUUCAACUACAUGUGGAUGUUAAACUGGGACAUGCUAAAGGAAUUUUGGUACAAGAACAUGGAGGGACACGAAGACCUGUCGCCUAUUUCUCUAAGUUGUUAGACCCAGUGGCCAGAGGCUGGUCCCGUUGUCUGCAGAACUGUGCAGCCACAGCUCUGAUGGUGGCUGAGGCAAGAAAGCUGACAAGGGGAGGGUAUCUGAUCGUAAAGGUUUCACAUCAGAUUAAAGCUUUGUUAACUGAGAGAGCCUCUAAGUGGAUGACGAGCGCUCGAUUAUUACAGUAUGAAUCUUGUUUAAUGGAACAGGAAGAUUUAGAAUUUAAAAAUGGGGAAAAUUUUAAUCCAGCCUCCUGUUUAAAUGGCCCUGUAGAAAGGGGGAGACAGGAGGAAAGCCAUGAUUGUAUCCAGGUUAUAGAUCUUCAAACUAGAGCUAGGGAAGAUUUGAGAGAAACUCCCUGGCCUGAGGGAGAGAAUGUGUUCAUUGAUGGGUCAAGAGUGAUAAAUGGGAAGCGUUUUACAGGAUACUCUAUCGUGAAUGGGAAACAAUUAAAGGAAGGGGGGAGGUUACCCCCACCUGGUCAGCCCAGACAGCUGAGCUGUAUGCGCUGAUCAGAGCUGUGAGUUACACCGGGAUAAGACAGUGAAUGUUUUUACUAAUUCUAAAUAUGCAUAUGGAGUGAUACACGCAUUUGGGAAACUGUGGGAAGAACGAGGUUUAUUAAAUUGUAGGGAAAAGAUGUUAGCCCAUGAGAACUUAGUCUCUCACCUAUUAGAGGUGGUGAAUUUACCAAAAAGGGUGGCAAUAAUCCACAUUAAGGGGCAUCAGGCAGGGUACUCAGAGGCGGCAAUAAGAAACCGAUUGGCUGAUAAAGAAGCUCGGAAAGCCGCAUUGUUGCCAGAAAUCUCCAAAAUCCUCCCCUUACUCCCAGUAACUGCACCGCUGUCGGACAAACUGUCUUUCCCACCUGAGGAACUUAAGAUAAUUUAAAAAGUGGGCAGAAGAAAGAGGAAAUAAUUGGUUUACAAGGGAUGAGAGGCAGUGGAUCCCAAAAGCUCUGGCCUUGCAAUUGUUAAAACAACUUCAUGGAGUCAUUGGGGCUCUCGAGGGCUGGCAGAAGUCUUCCUAAAAAUGUAUGCUGCUGUGGGUCUUUUUGCCUUGGCAAAAGGAGCUAUUGAGGGUUGUUUGACUUGUGCUAAAACCAAUAACAAAAUUACAAAGAAACUUGCCAGGGGAGGGAGGCCUUGGGCUGUACGUCCUUUCCAGAGAUGGCUAUGAAAGGACAGAAAAUGAUGUCAUUGCAAAACCAAAAAAGACACAAAAACAAGAAAUUAAGACAAUGAUAGCUAAAGUUUGUAAAGACAAUUACUAAAAAUAAAAGAGGAGGGAUUGAGAGGAAUGUUACAUUUGUCUUUACAAAUAAAUUGUAAAUCUGUUGGUAGAUAAAGUUAGCACCUAGAGAUAAAAGAAACAAUGGGAGGGAUUACACUGAUUGGUGAAUGGAAAAAGAGAUUUGCCUUUACAAACUGCAGGUUUGCUGGUAAGUGAAAUUGGGUAACAGAAGAUGAAAGAAGCAACAGGGGGGGAAACUAUGAAUUCUACAAGAAUUAAAAAUUAAAAGGGAGGGUUAUACAUUAGAGGGGAAUGUCAGGUGUCAGGCGUUCCGGGAAGUCUGUGCCUCUCGAGUACCUCAGCCAAUGGGGAAAGAGAGAGGGAAAAGCGGCCGGGAAAUUAGGAUAAAAAGGGAGGCUUCGUCCUCCAAAAAUUCGAGAGAUCCCAGGGGAAUGCCCCAUGGCCUCUCCCUUUAUUCGAAUAAAGCAAAAAGGACUCCUCUGUCUCCUUUUUGGACAUAAACCUCUGUUGUUUGUGGAUUAAUUUUCCUUACAGCCUCAUUUUCUUUUUGGAAAAUGAAAGGUUUUUGUGGGAAAGGACUGUUCUGGAUGCAUUUCUCAAUUUGGAAAAAAAAAAAAUUAAAAAAUUGGUCAUAAUGAUCAAUCUGGCUUGUUUUGACAAGUUUCAAAAUUAAAAAAAAUCACUGUCUGGCUCUUUUUGUCUUUUUGUUUUGCAACUCAGGCAUGUCCAGUUCCCAAAUACAUUUAAAAAUGGUAAAACCAACCCCAAAUUUCAUAAGCCAAACUUAAUUCUUGGGUUUUUUUUUCAGUUUACAACAAGCAGAGUUGUCGACUUUCUGGGCUGAAAAAGGAUCAUCCUGAAGUGCUAAAAAAGCUGGAAACCACUCCUGGCCUGCCUGGAACACAAGUCCUGGAGAUGUGGAGCAGGAAAGGGUGGAGGGACUGGGCUCAGGAACUCACCCAUCUCCUGCCCAGGCUGAAAGGGGCUGAGAGCUUUGAUAAAACCCCAACAACUUUAAAAAUUAAUUAUUCCUUAUUUUUUUAUGAUCCUAAAUUAAAAAUGGUCCAUCCCCCAUCACAGCAUUCCCUCUGCUUCCUUCCUCCUUCCUCACAGAGACAUUCAGGGCUGGGAGGUUACCCAAAGAGCCAGCUGGACCAAGAACACCCAAAAGGAGCUGCGAAAAUCUUUCCAUUCCUGGAAUAAAAUGGACUCAUGGAGGGGGAGCUGGGCAGCUCCAGGGCUGCUGUGAUCCAGGAGGUUCCUUCUGUGGGAGAGGGGAUGAUUUUGGGGUUGUAUGAUGGUGGUACCUCCAGCUGGGAUGCCCAGGAACUAACUUUGGGGUGAAGGAGACCCUUAACAUCCAAGCUGAACACCAGACAUGGCCCUUCCCAACUUUUCCAGCCUAUUUUAAGGGAGAUUUAAGCCCCAGGGAUGGAAAACCUCAGGGAAGCACAAAAAGCUGAUACACAGAAUUCCCUGCUUGUCCUGGGUUACAAUGUAAGAAGUAAACAAAAGGUAGGUGGGGCAGGGUUCUUUAUCUUCUCCAUGACUCAGCCCUGAUAACUCCUCCGGGGAAGCAGCAGCCACUCCGUGGGAGCCAUCUGCACUAAAGGGCCAUCAGCGCCCCCCACAAUGGCUCAGCACCCCAUUGUGAGAUGCUCCACCCCGGGGAGGAACCGAACAGUCCUACCUGGAUAUAACCAGGCUUGGAACACCACAGGAACACCACUGGAUUCCAAGAGGAGUAGAGCUACAAAACCACCACUGGACCUCCGGAGAAGAACCAGAUCUUUCUACAGCAUCACUGCUUCGACAGAACCACAUCCCUCACUCCAACAGGACUGCAUCUAGUGGCACUGCUACCACCACCCUGACAGGGCAUCAGGUUGUAUUCUCACUCUCCGUCCUACUGCCUUGAAUUUUCCUAUUAUAUUGCAGCUCUGACUGGAACCUCCUGCUGUUUGGCCCUCAGGCCAGGCCACUUUUGGUGCUGGGAGCAGGGCACUGCAGGUGAAGAUGGCAGGGGUGCAGCACAGCAGCGCUCUCUCCUUGCUGGCGGCUUACGGCCAGGACUCGGAGCUGGAGUCGGACAGCGAGGACAAAGUGUCCCCUGGGGCAGCCACGGGGCAGAAAGGGGGCCUGGUGUCACCUGGAGAGGAGGGUGGCUUUGCCUGCCUGGAUGGGGAUGAGGAAGAGGAGGGUGGUGGGAACAGCAGGCAGUCAGAUGGAGGUUCACAGACUGAAAAACCUGAGGCUGGUGACCUAAAGGAAUCCCGAGAAGUGGAGGAAAGAGAUCCUCAGGAACUGGUUGCCUCUUUUUCAGACAGAGUGCAGAAUAUGUCUCCAGAUGAGAUCAAAAUCCCUCCUGAACCUCCUGGCAGAUGUUCUAACCAACUGCAGGAUAAAAUUGAGAAGCUGUAUGAGAGGAAAAUGAAAGAGGGCAUGGAUAUGAACAGCAUCAUCCAGAAGAAAAAGGCAUUUCGCAACCCCAGCAUCUACAAAAAGCUGAUCCAGUUUUGUUCCAUUGAUGAAUUUGGUACAAAUUACCCAAAGGACAUGUUUGAUCCUCAUAGCUGGUCAGAGGAUUCAUAUUAUGAGGCACUAGCUAAAGCCCAGAAGAUUGAAAUGAACAAAUGGAAGAAGGCCAAGAAAGAAUGUACAAAGAUUGAGUUUGUGACUGGCACUAAAAAAGGUACAACAACAAGUGCUGCUUCCACAACCACCAAGGCAUCCAGCACUAGUGUGGGAGAUGCCCAGAGGAAGAGGAGGAGGAGCAAGGGACGUGUGUUCAGGAAGGGUCUCAUAGAAUGACUCAGAAAAUUACAUCAUCUCAUUGUGAGCUCCCCUGUCCUGAGGACAGGAACUGAACAAUUCUACCUGGAUAUAAUUGGGCUUGGAACACCACAGGAGCACCACCAGGUUCUCAGAGCUCCAAAACCACCACUGGACCUCCAGAGAAGAACCAGAUCUUUCUACAGCAUCACUGCUUCAACAGAACCACAUCCCUCACUCCAACAGGACUGCAGCCCCUGUUUAAUGGCACUGCUACCACCACCCUGACCACCAGGGUGGCAGGUUGUAUUCUCUGUCAGUCUAAGCCAGUGUUUCUGUCCUACUGCCUUGAAUUUUCCUAUUAAAUUGUAGUUCUGACUGGAAUCUCCUGCUGGUUUGCUUUCAAACUAGUACACUGCCUCGUCAUUUUCUGGCAGAAUAAGGAAUGUUUCUGUCCUUACUUUGUCUCCACCAAGCCCUACAGGCACUCUUUUCCCAGAUGGCAGCAGGAAUGGGAUUGGGAUUAGACACAAGAUGAGAGUAACCUGGGCAAUGGGACCUCACUCGCUUUGGCUCUGUGGAAAUCAUGGAAUGCCAGAGUGGUUUGGGUUGGAAGGGGCCUUCAAGACUAUCCACUUCUAUCCCCUGGCACAGGCAGGGACACUUUCCACUAGCCCAGGUUGCUCCAAGCCCUGUCCAACCUGGCCUUGGACACUCCCAGGAAUGGGGCAGCCACAGCAUUUCCAGGCAAACUCAACAACCCAUCCCAAACCAGCAAGUUUGGUGCCACCAGAGACCAGGAGGCACCUGCAGACUCAGCACUCCAUGGCCUGGCCUCACAGGAUCCUGCCCAGGAGCAGCAGAUACCAGGGAUUUUCCCUUUAUUGCCUUCCUCCAGGCGGCAUCCGAGCAUCUCCUGGCCCCGCCUGCGGCCCUGAGUGGCAGUGAAUGAACUGCCCUGACAUCUCCUCUUGAAGCAAAGCAAAAUGUGUUGAAGAAAAACCAGUUCCAGAUGUUUUCCCAGUGUUGCCAAGUUACUCAACAUGUUCUGCUUUAGUUGUCAGAUGCUUUCAAAGCGAUUUCCCUAACUCUGAGCACGAAUGGUGAGGGCUCUCCCUGGGAAUCUUCUGCCUGGGGCUACCAUGGAUCUGUAUUUUCAUAAGAAAAAGACUCAGCUAAUGAUUAAUGUUCCCCAGAGGAAGCGGGGCCUUUCUUUGGGAUUU